UUUCAGAAAUAUGUCUAAAUUUUAAGCAAUGUUUACCCUGAAACAAGCACCCCUCCAAAAUACAAUACCUUUUGGACCACGCCCACUAAAUUAGGCCUUGUUUGAAAAGCGACAUGAGGGUCCUUCUAGGCACCAAAUGCUUCGCGAACUUCUGUAAGCACCGGAUACGAUGGCAUCACAGGAGCAAGUCAUAUCUGCCGCCACAGCAGCUCUACGACGCAGCAAAGAAAGUCGUCAGAGCCCACCGAUUAGGAUUUUCCUUCCGAUUUUUAUCAGGCAAAGGAAAAUCACCGGAAACCCCAACUUUGGAUAUAAUAUGCCGGGUACUAGCGUCAGCAAAAAACUACGGUGAGAGCUCUGGCAAACCGAAAGAGCCAUUAAAAUUUGAAUCCGUGGGUCAGACAUCAACUAGUUCCAGCAGCCAGGCAUCCACGACAAAUCCGCUUCAUAUAAAAGGGGAAAGCCCAAAGCAGCCAUCUAAAGGCCAAUUAGAACCGGAAAUAGUUAUCUUAAAAACCCCGCAAAUCUUCAACUGUAAGAACUGUUAUGAAAACAGUCCAGAGAUAAUGAUUGUGAAGUGUAAAAAUUGCAUUGAAGAUGGCCAUAGUCAAUCUACAGAUUCAGUUAUGGGAAAGGCGACAUCACUACUACAGGAAAACAGUGCAACUCAAUUAUCAAGUGUUUUAAAAAAGGAGCCCUCAACAUCCGCAUCCAAACCAUCGGUUGGCCAAUCUCUACCAUCUGUUGCUCCAAAAAAACGCGACGAAUCACCAAGUUCUACAUCUCUUAAAGAUAGAUUUUCCAUGCCGCAAAAAUCAGCAUUUCCGAUGGGUAGAAAUCCCUGUUUUGACGGCAAAAAAGAUAAAAAAUCUAAAUGUCCGCCACCCAAACCCAAGCCGUGCUCCUCAUCGAAAGAUGAGCACAAACCGCCAGUUAAAAAAAGGUCACCUUCCAAAUCUAAGUCAAAAGAUCCACCUAAAACAGUUGAUUCUACUGCACCACGUGCACUGAAAACGGAAAAUGCUUCCGCAAAGCCAAAAAUCGCGAGCCCACCUCCAAAUAAAGCCCAAACAGAUAAAUCACAUGAAAAUCCAAAGGUUGGUUUUAAUAUGCCGUCGAAUUCGGCUUUUCCAUUGGGUAGGAAUCCUUGCGUUGAUGGGAAGAAUGAUAAAAAAGUAUCUAAAUGUGCGGCAGCGGAUUCCAAGCCACAACAAAAAGCCAAGAAAGACGAUAAGCCGAAAGUUGCGGCUAAAAGUGAAUGUAAGCUAGAAAAGAAAAAGGAAUCUUGCCCAAGUGCAUUUGUGAGUGAGAAAGCAGCUACUGUCCCAAGUGAUUCACCUAAACCUCCAGAAGGCAUUGCACCAAAAGCCGAACCUCGAAAGAAAAAGUCAAUGAGGCAGGGUGUUGUCAAGCCAAAAGAGACUCCAGCUAAACCAAACAAACAACCAAAAGACAGAGGGCUACCACCGGUGUCAACUUCCCGUUUUUCCAUGCCGCUUAUGAUGGCAUUUCCAAUUGGAAGAAAUCCUUGCCGAGAUGGGCCCAGGGGAUCAUCCAAAAAAGAAGAAAGUGCUUGCGGUAAGAAGGUAGUCAACGAUUGCCAUUCAACAUCCAAUUCCUGUCAAUCUAAGAAGAAUAGAUCGAAUGCCGCGGAUUCGGAAAGAACUUCAAGCUCAUUGAAAAGUGUUUCGCAAAAAGUUUUUAAACAAUCAGAUGCAACAACGUCUGUAGAAUCUCGCAGCGCACCAGUGUCGAAGGCUUUACCCCAAACUUCGCCACCGGUCAAGGAAAUCAGCAUGUCUGCUCUUCCUUCCCCCAAAGAUCCAAGUAUCUCAACAGCUAAAGCACCAUUGCCACCAAUUAAGGAAACCAAGACACCUCCAGCUCCACAGCCUUCACCUUCUAAUAAGGAAAUCAAAUCUCCUAAGCCACUUUCAAAGACCCAAUAUUCAAAAAGAUCGAAUUGCGAAGUAAAAACCCAAUGUGCUGAAAAACCGCAAAAAGUUCCAAAGACAUGCAAAAAAUCGAAAAUUCGCCACUUAGCCGAUGCCAGCAAUGAUCCGAAUAAGAAACCCGAACUAAAAAAGUUUCCAGCUCUUCCGCUAAAGCAAAGCAUCGCCAGUUAUAUAAGCAGUAUUGAACCAUUUCUUACUGAGGAGGAACUCAAAGUGGAACAGAAAGUGGCCAAGAAGUUUGUGGACAACGAGGGUGCGAAGCUACAGGAGCUUCUCGAGGCAGAAGCUGAGUGUACGGACAACUGGCUAACUCCCAGAUGGACACGUUCCGCAUAUUUGACCUAUCAGGCUCCGCUGACCGUCUUCUCCAGUCCGGGUCUAUCCUUUCCCAUCCAAGAGUUCAAAGAUACCAAUGAUUUUCUUAACUUCACGGCCAAAGCUAUCUACGGUAUGUGCGAAUUCAAGCAGCUAGUCGACCAACACAAAAUUCCAGUGGUUAAGAUGGGUAAAAACUGUCUGGACAACAGCCAGUUUGGUAAAAUCUUUGGCACGGUUCGCAAGCCAGGUCGAUUCUGCGAUACCAUCGAACAGUAUAAUGAUGCCGAUUAUAUUGUGGUGGUAUAUAACAAUAAUUACUUUAAGUUGCCAAUUUACUCUCAAGGUGGAACUUUGUUGCAUGCUCAUACACUGAGAGAUGCGUUGCAGGAUAUACUUGAAUGUCCCAUUAAAGUGGGCAAGCACUUUGGUCUUUUGACUCACGACAAUAGAAGCAACUGGGCAGAGGCAUAUACAGUACUAUGUCGUCAUCACGGAAAUGCAGAUACCGUGGAGACCAUAGAGCAGUCCCUGUUCGUGGUCUGUCUGGACAACUGUGUACCCACGCCGAAGGGCGAGGAGCGGAUUGUCCAGGCCCAUCAGCUCCUGCACGGUGGUGGAGUGCGUCAGAAUAGCGCCAAUCGUUGGAUGGACAAAACCAUUCAGCUGAUAGUCAAUCCAAAUGGUUUGGCCGGAUUUUGUUACGAGCAUUCGCCCGCGGAUUGCCAGCCACUUGCCAUGCUGAUGGAUUUUGUGCAGCUGAAAGUCACUGAGGCAAACUAUGGCUGCGAUGGUUGUGAGGCGGACAAAAAGGUCACAUCCACGCUGUUAAAAUUUCAACCUAUCAAUGAGUGCAUCAAUUUGUGGUUGUGCCAGGCAAGGCGAAAUAUUCAGCGGAUCGUCAGCCAGCUGCAGAUGAAUGUGAUCAAUUUCGAGUGCUACGGCAAGUGCUUCAUCAAGGCGCAGGGUCUGAAUCCGGAUAGCUACAUCCAGAUGGCCCUGAGUCUGGCCUACUACACCAUGCACGGAAAAAUACCCGCACAGUACGAGUCCGCUCACUUAAGGAUUUUCACUGAGGGUCGCACCGAGACCAUAAGAUCCACGUCCAAUGAAUCCAAGACCUUCCUCCUGACCAUGCAAUCGGAGAAGGCGUCAAUGAGGGAGAAACUGGCAGCGCUUCAAAAGGCCGUGGAUGCCCAUGAAAAGUUGAUCAAAGAGGCCAUUAAUGGACAGGGCAUCGAUCGGCAUUUGUUUGGCCUGCAGGAGAUGGCACUGGAAAAGGGAAUGCCAAUGCCGGAAUUCUUUCGGUCCAAGGGUUACGUCCGGUCGGUGACCUUCCAGCUCUUCACCUCCCAGGUGGCCACCUCCAACGAAGGAUUCAUGGCAUACGGACCUCUUCUAUCCGACGGAUAUGGAGUUUGCUACAAUCCAAAGGAACGUAAGAUAACCUUCGCCAUCUCCGCUUGGAAAAGUUGCAAAGAAAUCAACACCAUACGAUUUGGCAAAGCCAUCAAGAAGUCCCUAAACGAUAUGAGAAAACUAAUCCUGCUCACAGGAGGUGAUCAUGCGGGCGAGCAUCCAUGUAAAUGCGAAAAAGUGCUGGUCUAGAAGGGAAUCCCCUAUAGAUUUCUGUUUGGAUACCCUCAUGUGUAACGUUUUAAAACAAGGCAAAUAUACACUCGUCAUAUUUUCAGUUGCAUUAA